AUGCCCGGCAAAGCGUGGUCCAAAGAGGAAGAGCGCGUCUACUGGCGCUUCGUCAUUCCCCAAUCGGCGAAGCGUGUUGACGGUGGCCCGGCGGUGCCUUGGGACCAGUUGGCCGUGUACAUGCAGAAGAAAAUGGGCGCCAACGCCAAGCGGGAAUACACUCACCUCAGUCUCCUGGAGCACUACUUCCAGAACUUCGACAAGGAGCGUUUCUCACCCCACGCGGCUCCGUACGUACGCGAGGCAAAGAGAAUCAUGGCCAGUAUCCUGAACGGAGAGAGCCAGUCGCAGGGUGACGCCUCUGUUCCUUCCCAGGAUGCCCAGCUUCAGGACAGCUUCGACAAGCACACCGGCGAGACCACUGACGAGGAGAACGGAACCAUCUUCUCUGAUGAAACCAACGACGGCGAUGCAGAUUACAUCGAUGAUGGCGAUGAAGACGCCGAGGGUGAAGACGACCAUGUUGAUCCCGACGACGAAGUUCUCACCUUCAUUCGGGACAUGGCCCGGGAAUCUCAGCGAAAUCAAACUGCCGCUCGCCCUGUCAAGCGUGCUGCGGGUCAAUCGUCUACUCUCCCGGCCCCUGUGGCUGACAUGAGCCCUCGUGGCAACUACGUCCCCGGCUUGGCGCCCCAGCACACCAUCUCGCAGGAGCGCUCGACGCUGCCCCCUCGCCCCCUAGAGCUGCCACGCGGGUCCGCGACUACCAUGCUUUCCCGUACGAAAGCCCCAGACCCGCUCAGCAUGGGCCCCAGAACUCAGGCUUAUUACGGACAGCAGUCUAGCCGUCAGGCCUUCUACAAUCAAGGUCCCAGAAUGCAGAGCCAGUAUGGACAGGGCUCCGGCAGCCACGGCUACUACGAUCAGAACUCUGGCAGUCAGGGCCAGUACAACCAGACGCACGGCGACUACGGCCAGAUCACCAACCCCCAGGGCUUCGAAGAUGACCCCGACUCCGUAUACUUCUGGGAUCAGAGCGCCAAGGACCGUAGCUACUACGAACGGGGGCACGUCCGCCAGCGCCAGCAGUACAUCGACCAGUGCCACGGUCCAAGUGACGACAACCAGGACUACCACGGUCAGAGCUCUAGCAGCCGUGGUCACGACCAGAACCGCAGCGUCCAGGGCCCCUUCCAGAAUCACGAGAACCGUGGCUACGAUCAGAAUCACGCCAACCCGAGCUACCACAAUCAGAGCUUCAACCAGCAUGGCCUCGGUAACCAGGGAUACCACGCGAACGCAGCGUACAAUACUAACCAGCACCUCCGUGCUCCCUCCGUGGGCUACAACGGUCAACAGCCUGCCAUGGGAUCUCAUCAGUACCGCCAGGAUCCUCAGUGCCAGUCCCCUCCCCAGUCGCAGCAGUCGGCCAUGGGCUACUCUGAGUACCCUGUCGGAAACCGACCGAGCACCUCAGCGCGCCUUGAUCCCCAGCAUGCGAUGCCUCGCUACUCGGAUCGUCAAGUCCCGAUGUCGCCCAACUACGACAGCUCCGCGCAGUAUAGUGUCGCGCCGUCUCCCGGCGACGUUGGUCAUCAUUCGACCAUUCCGGACUACAUCCAGCGCCCCUCGACAGCUAGCUCUGGUCACCAGCAGCCUUCUCGCCGUCCUUCCGUUCGUCAGCAGGCUAAUGAGGAGCAUCACCCCCAGGGAGCUCACAUCAACAACCGUGAGGAGCCUAAGAAUGAGCAGUUGCAGCAUCCGUCUUCCACCUCUGGUCCUCUUCGUCAGCAUUCCAAUGAGGAUCAUCGCCACCAGGAAGCCUUCGAGCCUGAGAUGGAGCAGUUCCAGCAGCCCUCCACUUCCGCCCCUCGUCAGCAUGCCAACGAGGACUACCACCGCCAGGCCGCCUACAUGGAUCGUCGCGAGGAGCCUGAGAACGAGCAGAUCCAGCGUCCCCUUUCUCCCUCUGUCCUUGUCCGUCAGGAACCUAUCGAGUACGCCCAUCAUCAGAGCGGCUACAUGAACCAGCGCGAACAGCGUGAGGGCGAGCGCACCUCUGGUCGCUACGUCUCUCCCUACCCUCCUCGCCAGCAUCCUGCUGAGCACAACAACGGCCAGGGCGGCGUCCCGAAGGAUCGCUUUGUGCCCGAGUACGAGCCAGAGAUGUUCCAGGCCUUUGAGGCCGAGUCCGCUCGACGCAAGGAGUGA